ACAUUGGCAUUGGUAAAAUGCCUUUUUAGUUAUUUUAGAGAGGAGAAAUUCAAAAAAUAGCCUUGCAUUAGAUUAGGUAAAAUAGUGGGUAAAAUACAUUUAUAAAUAGAGCUUAGCCAUUUUUAUCUAAAUACUAUUCACAUUCUUUUUUUUUUUUUAUUGUUUCUUUCUCUCUCUCCUCCCUCCUGGGAAAAAAAUAAUAGGAAAAGAAUAAAAAUAUAUAUAUUUUAAUUAGUGUUAGAUAAAAUAGAUAGUAUUGAUACAGUUGUGAAAGAAAAAAUAAAUAGUUAAAAUAGAAUUGUGAACUGUUCGCGGUAUUAUACCAAUCCAUCGGUAAACUUGCUCUUAGACACUGCAGGGAUUCCUCUUUCGCCCAUCAUCACCUCUAAGCCUUUGCCUCGCCGACUUCCACCUCUGGGCACCGCCGUUGCGACCAACCGUUUCAGGAUGGCACAGGAUAGCUCCCAAUUGAGUAUCAAUAUUACUUCUACUACGGCCUCUACAGUGGUUCAGCGGAAGGAGGCUAUCUUCAAGCUAUUAAGUGAUGAAAGUGUAAAGAAAAUUACUCUUACUGGGGAUUCUGGAGUGGGAAAAACAUGGACGGCUAAACUGGUAAGUGUGGAUGCAAAGAAAGAAGGUUUGUUUGAGAUCGUUCUCUGGGUAUUCCUCGAUAGCAAAUAUAACGAGGCUGCUGUUCGUGAGAGUAUUGCUCGUCAAUUAUCUCUGCUUUCCCUUGCUGAUGAGUGGGAUGGUGGGGAUGAUGUUAAGGAGGCAGAGAAGGUGAAAAAAAAUGAAAACAUACAAGAGAUGAUUGCCAAAUCUGUUGCGAGAAAAAGGCUUCUUCUAAUUUUGGAUUAUAAGGGAAAAAAUAAAAUGGAUGUCGAACAGAAAACGCUGGAAUUGGAAAGCCCUCCAAUUGAGGAAGAGAUGGCAUUUGAAUCGGAAGACCUAAUUUUGGAUGACGAAGGAAUGAAAUUGAAUGAAGAACAGAUAAUAUCCAAUUUGGAAACCAUGCUGAAUCUCGAUAGCCAAAGCUCAUACAAGGUUAUAAUCACCAGAGUGAAUGCUUCCACGGGAACAGAAGGAGUUAUACGGGUGGAGCCUUUGUUGGAAAAAGAGUCACUGUUCUUAUUGGAAAAAAGGGUUGGGGGAGGAGUUCAUGAUGUUCCAGCCAUCAAGUCAUUAGGUGAAGCCUUCAUUCAAAAGACAAAACAUAUGCCUGGUUCAAUUAUCUUGAUGGCUAAAACCUUUAGUUAUUUUAUUCAACAUGGCUGUGGGGUUGGGAUGCUUAAGAGGGCUUUGGAAGAAGCAUCUACUGAGGAAUGCUAUAAUCUAAACCAGCUUCUAUGCAAUGGGUAUGAUCUUGUGUUGCCUAGGAGCAUCAUAAUUGACUGCUGUCGACAACAAAGUCACUUCUUUCUGGGCCACGGAAAAAGCAUCUAUUACAAUGAGUUGAUAGCAUACUGGAUUUUGGAAGGAUAUCUCGGACACGUCGACUGUCUUGAGAAGGCAUAUGAGAAGGGUCAUUCUGUUCUCAUUGAGCUUGUGGAUUGUCAAGUGCUCAGAAACUUGGAGGGUGGCUUUGUUACAGUGGGCAGUGGAACUAACCGUUUGGAAGACUUAGAUCGUUAUGGAUUUGGGGGGAGAGCAAGUCUUGGGUUGGCUGAUCUAUUUACGGUUGGCAACUGGGAAGGAUUCGGUAGACUCACGAAUAUAGAUGGAAUGGUGAAAUCAAUUUGCAAAGGCAUAAAGGGGCUGAAAUUAUCAACACUUUUCCUUGAUGGUUGCCAUUGUUCGGAAAUCCUGGAUUGUUUCUACUCGUCAAAGCAGAAACUAAGAGAAGAACUUCAAGUUCUUGCCAUUUUCAACCCGACCUUCGAAUCACUGCCCCAACUCUUGAAUGACUUGCACGAGCUUGUUGUGCUUGUGCUCAGAAGUUGUGAUUUUUUGGUGAAGAUCGACCACAGGUUUGAUUUCAAAAAUUUGACUGUUCUUGAGAUAUCCAAUGCUAGCUCUUUGAAGAAAAUUCCAGAUGAUUUUUUUGAUCAUAUUCCCAAACUUGAAAGCCUGCAUAUAUCCGAGCUUUACCUCAAUCCUCUACCUCCGUCUAUUUACAAUCUUAAAGAAUUACGCUGGCUCAUACUUAGAGGGUGUUCUUGCUUCCGAACACUAAACAGUCUGAAAAAUUACAAAAAACUUUUGGUACUUGAUGUUUCUGGCGCCACGUAUUUGACAAAAUUUGAAGACAAAGCCUUUAACCACACUCCACAUCUUCAAACGCUUAAUCUUUCGCUUACCUCUAUUACAUUGGUACCAAAACUUUCCGAUCUUAAAGAGCUUACUCGUUUCUCACUAAGUGGCUGUAAACACUUACAAAGAUUUCGUAGAACUCACUCACUUCCUAGUCUCCAAGUUCUCGAUCUUUCAGGAGCUAUAAAUUUUAAAGAAUUCCAUGAGCUUUCACCAGAUCUUCCUACAGGCAUUAAAAUUCUAGAUCUAUCUGAGACUCGUUUACGGGAUCUUCCUUCUUCGAUGAAUCCUCGUCAUCUCUUUCUAAAACGUUGCUCUGAGAUACAAAAACUGACACACACCGAAACACUUCAAAACCUCGAGGUACUUGAUCUUUCAGGUACCACAAGUCUGGUGGAAAUUGAAGACGAAUUCUUUAGCAAUCUGGAUUCUCUUCAAAUUCUCAACCUUUCGGAAACUAGCAUACAAAGUCUUCCAUCCCUUUCAAAGGCUUCUGACCUCCGUCAGCUACUUUUAUCGGGCUGCAAUUCUUUGACAGAAAUCAAAGAUGAGUCCUUUGAGCACAUGUCCUGCCUUGAGCAUCUUGACCUCUCUGAGACCCAUAUUAAGUUUUUGCCUUCGCUUCAGAAUAUUAGCAACCUCUCCGUGCUCUCACUUAAAAGAUGUACCCAGUUGAAAAAACUUCCACCGCUUGAAACAUUGUCAAAUCUUGAGGAGCUAUAUUUGUGCGAUAUUUACUGUUUGAAGGAAAAGGGAGCUGGAUUUUUGGAGCACAUGAGCCAACUUCGGAUUCUUGACCUCUCUGCAACCCUGAUUGAGGAUUUACCGUCCAUGUCAAAUCUCAAAAGCCUUCAUCAGCUAUAUCUAACAGGUUGUCACCGCUUACAAAGGGUGCCGAAUUUGGAAGAGUUGACGACACUCGAGGUUCUGGAUCUUUCUGGAACAGCGAUCACUUGUCUACCGCAGAUGGAUAAUUUCAGUAAACUCAGGAAACUUCUCCUUACGGGAUGCACAAAUUUGGAAGGGUUUUUCCCAGUGGAGAUGCUUGAUCUGUUGGGGACUACCGUUGAUCAGCUUCCCUACGGAAUCUCGAACUUGACGAAUCUUGAAUUCCUUGAGAUUCCAAGCACGAAAAAUACUCAAGCAGCAGAGGGAACAAAUACAGAUUUCCCACAAGAAUGGCUGCAACCUUACCAGUGGGGCAUCUCCAGUUUUGAAAAGCCUUCCAUAUCUAUAUCUGGUGCGCUUUUCGUCCAAUUCCUGGAGAAAUAUCCCUCUGUAUUGGAGAGAAGCUUCACACAGUUUCAUCUAUGUGUUCGCCCUACGAAGGGGGAAAAAGAGAGCAAGAGUUCAUAUUCUUAUAACAACAACUGCACUUUCAGAGAUAUCCGCUUCCUGCAGGCUGCAGAAUUUUGUCGUUUUAAAGAGCAACGAUCCCUCGAGAUUCAUGGGUUCGACCGUUUCCCCGAGGGCAUUGAGGGUGUGCUCUCCAAUGCUGACUGUGUGUGUUUUAUUAAUAACACUUUCGUCAACUGGACAUGGUUUUCACGUAUUGGUGUUUCUAAUCUCAAGGCAAUGACAGGCUGCUGGAUAGAGGGAUGCACAGAAAUGAAGGGUGUUUUUAACAGGGGAAAGGCAAGCGAUAUUGCUGAAUUGGGGAAGAAAUUACAGUUUCUGGGGAUUUCAAAUGCUAUUAAUUUGCGAACUACACACGAUAGUCAGUGCUUUCAGAAUCUUACUUCUCUAUAUCUUGAUUGUUGUCCGAAGCUUAGUUUUGUUUUCUCUUCAUACCGGCUGCCAGAAAAUCUGAGAGUUCUUCAAGUUAAGUUUUGCGAUAAAUUGGAGAGAGUAUUUAAUGUUCCACAAGCAUCGCCAGAGCCUGAAUUACGGAACUUGGAGAAGCUGUAUCUGUGGGAACUUCCAGAGGUCAAGAGCAUAGGAUGCAGAUUACCAUCCCUACAAACUCUAACGGUAUGGGAGUGCCCAAAACUGCAGAAAUUGGAGGACACUAUAGGAUUUGCAGAAAGCUUGCAGACCUUGUGCAUUUCAAAUGUUGUUGAUUUGAAGAGCAUUAACACGGCAAGUGAGCAGCUUGAUACUUUGAUUCUCGAGAGUUGCCCGAAGCUCAAAAGUGUUCUUUCUUUGAACCAGCGGCCACAAAGUCCCACAACUCUCAAAAUCAGAUCAUGCAACGAAAUGAAGAGCAUAUUUGGCAACAGCAGAUGAACAAAAAAGGGAAGUGUUGGAUUAGUUUCUUCAUCUCCAGCAACUAGUGGUUCAAAGAGGCCAUCUGAGUCGUCCAUGGAGUCGACCAACCCCAAAAACAAUGCUGCCACUGGUCCUGAUCAAGCACCUGCCAAAGCAAUCAAGACACUGAGGAGACUUGCUCAGAAUCGAGAGGCAGCUAGGAAAAGCAAACUUAGGAAAAAGGCUUAUGUUCAGCAGCUAGAAACAAGUAGGAUUAAGCUUACACAACUUGAACAAGAGCUACAAAGGGCUAGAUCACAAG